CUCAAAGCCCACAAUUACCAACAUGAAGGGAACCUCAAUAGCACUAUAUCCGUCCAAGUGCUUACGCAGAACGGAGCCAAUCGCAGCCGAGGAAGAACAGAUGCCCGUAGCUCAAUCAGGCACCGAUACAGUCGGCCAACGGCAGAUUGUAGGACCAUUACUUAGGAAAGCUAGAAAAUCUGGUACGCAAAGGGCCUUCAGCCAGCAAUCAGUGGAUGUAAGAUCUGAAGCAUAUUAACACAUGCCAUUAGGUAGCAUACCCACACUUCUUGGUCUACCUGCCGAGAUCCGCUUGAAGAUUCUC